AUGGGUACCUACAGGAAAAGGUUCAAUGAGAAGGCCAGAGCUGGUCAGAUGGCCAAAUUGAAGGAGCUGAAGAAGGUGAGAAACAAGCAGUUCUUUAGGCAUCUAGAAGAUGGGCGUGAGGAUGCUGAAGCAGAGCAAGAGAAAACCUUGGAUGACACUAGAGAUACGAACGCUGAGAUUUUGCAGCCUAUCAGUAAGGAGGAGGAACAACUGAAGAAGCGUAAGAUGGAAGAACUAUUCACACCAAAGGAGUCAAAGAUUAGCAGGCUCAAGAAGAAGAGAAUGGACAAAUUUAUAGAGCAUCAAUUGAAAAGGGAAGAAAAAAAGGUCAUAAUCGAAAAGUUGCAAGAAUAUAAGGUAGACACUUCUCUAAUGACCAGUCUGAAGACGUUGGGUCAGGGAAGGCAAACUAAGAAGGAGGAGUUUCAGGAGGCAUUGAGCUUGGAGAAACAGGGCAGAAGUAAUGAGCACACCAAUGAAGUUUUAUAUGAGGAGCAUGAGACUGCAAACUGGGACGAGGACCAUGGACUCGAUAAUGCAAAUAGCGAUGAAGAGAUCGCUGCAACAAGUGAUACAGAAGUAAAAUCGAGUUUUGUAGAUAUGCGUCCUACAAAGUAUGGUGGAUCAGGAUUUGGUUUUGGGUUUGCUAAUGCCAAAGUUGUUCAUAGGAAACCACCUAAGAAGAAGUACAACUGGAGGCAGCAAGUUGAGCUUGCCGAGAAGCGGAAGAAUGGCAUCGAAGAUGAGAUGGACUUUGCUUCGAGUUCCGAGGACGAAGAUCUCUCCAGCGAGGAGGAAGAAGACGAAUCGCAGGAUCCGCAAGAUGAUCAAUCGCAGAGCGGAGAAGAAAGUGUAGAUGAAAGCCAGGAAGAGGAGCCAGAAACAGAGAGUGAUAAAAUUACUACAGCGUCUGCUGCCGAAGAAUUUAAGUCCUGGGCAGAUCAAGAGAUAAGGAAAAUCGAGGGAAGAGACGUGGAAAUGGUUACACCACUUUUAAAACAAGACUAUCAACCAAUCAUUAGGCCAGAAGACCUGGAGGAUGGUUUGCAGGAUAGCAACGUACCAAUAGAUGAAACAUCUCAGCGGAAGGCCUUUUACGUGGACGUUCUUAGAUCAGACGAGAUACAACAAGUAAGAACCCAAUUGCCAGUCUUUGCCAAGGAACAUGAGAUAAUGGAAGCCAUCUAUCAUAAUGAUGUGGUUAUAAUAUGUGGUGAGACAGGUUCAGGUAAGACUACUCAGGUACCGCAGUUCUGUAUGAAUCUGGAUUCGGUAACCCACGAUUCACCACGAUAUUCCGGCAUGAUUGGUAUUACACAACCAAGAAGAGUCGCUGCUGUUUCUAUGGCUAACCGUGUUUCAGCCGAACUAGGCAAUCAUCAGGAUAAAGUUGGUUAUCAAAUAAGAUUUGAUUCGAGCUUAAAAGCGGACACUAGGGUCAAGUUUAUGACAGAUGGUGUGUUGUUGAGAGAAAUGAUGCAAGAUUUCAAGUUAACAAAAUACUCAUCCAUAAUAAUCGAUGAAGCGCAUGAAAGAAACAUAAAUACUGAUAUUUUGAUUGGUAUGUUAAGUCGUUGCGUUAAGCUGCGUGCAAAAGAGUAUGCAAAAGACCCAUCAACCUGCAAGAAACUAAAGCUCAUUAUCAUGUCUGCAACAUUGAGGGUCGCUGAUUUCAGUGAGAAUCCAAAAUUAUUUCCCUCUCCGCCACCUGUUCUCAAAGUUGAGGCCAGACAGUUUCCUGUCGCCAUUCACUUUAAUCGUAGAACUUCAUAUGAUUACCAGGAAGAGGCUUUCAAGAAGGCAUGCAAAAUCCAUAGGCGCCUGCCACCGGGUGCCAUCCUCAUCUUCUUGACAGGUCAACAAGAAAUUCAUCAUAUGGUUAAGAGAUUGAAACGAGAAUUUCCCUUCAAGAAGGGGCAUAGCGCCAUCAAGGAGAUGGGUGACUCUAUUGCUGACGUGAGAGUAAACUCUAAGAAUGCCGACUUAGAAGCUGAAGAUAUAGAUUUCAGCGUGAAAGUUAUAGACGAGGAGAAGAUCGAUGAUGAACUCGGCUCUGAUGAAGAAGCCGCAGAUGAUUCUGAAGAAGAAGAAGGAUUUGAAGAAAGUCUGGAAGAAGGCCAAACUGAAAAUGACCCUCUAUAUGUUUUACCACUCUAUUCCUUGCUUCCAACUAAAGAACAAAUGAAGGUCUUCAAUCAACCACCGGCUGGUUCAAGACUUUGUAUUGUGGCAACAAACGUCGCGGAAACAUCUUUGACAAUCCCUGGUGUGAAAUAUGUGGUAGAUUGUGGUAGAUCUAAGGAACGUAAGUAUAACGAGUCUAAUGGCGUGCAAAGCUUCGAAAUCGGCUGGGUUAGUAAAGCUAGUGCUGGCCAAAGAAGUGGUCGUGCAGGUCGUACGGGACCAGGUCACUGCUACAGGCUCUAUUCCUCAGCUGUUUUCGAACGUGAUUUCGAGCAAUUCUCAAGCCCAGAGAUACUCAGAAUGCCAGUUGAGAGUGUUGUUCUACAAAUGAAGAGUAUGGCCAUUCAAAAUGUCUUGAAUUUUCCUUUUCCUACUCCUCCGGAAAGAAGUGCAGUCUAUAAAGCUAUCCAGUUGCUUCAGCAUUUGGGUGCCCUGGAUACAGGUGAGAGAAUCACUGAUGAUGGUAAGCUGAUGAGUUUGUUUCCUCUAUCGCCUAGAUUUUCCAAACUGCUUUUGAUUUCAGAAGAAAGUAAAUGUAUCCCAUACGCAGUAAGUGUGGUAGGUGCUUUAUCCGUGGGUGAUCCAUUCCUCAGUGAACAAGAAAUUGGUUUGAAGGAUGCAGAGGAAGAAGGUGAUGAUGACGAAAGGAACAAGAUGCUGAAAUCCAAAUUUUUCAAGAGCAAAGCACGUUUCAGUCGUCUCGAUAAAUACAGUGACGUCUUUCGAUUACUCAGUGCCGUCAGUGCGUUCGAUUUCAUACCAAUAGUCCAAAAGUCACAAUUCCUUCGUGACAACUUUCUUAGAGGCAAAGUGAUGGAUGAAAUUUUGAAGUUAAGGAAGCAGCUGAUAUACAUAAUCAAGUCCAAUACCCGCCAAGAGAAUGUCGCUGCUAAUGUGACUGAGAGCGACCUGAAGUCAGAUUUACCAUCAGAAAUUCAAUUGAAGCUACUGAAGCAAAUGAUUUGCGCAGGGUUUAUUGAUCAGGUGGCCAUUAGAGCUGAUUGCAUCUAUCCUGAAGAGGUUGCCAUUACUAACAGAACGUCCAUCAUAAACAUACCAUACGUCCCUGUCCUCAUGACAAAGAGUCCCGAAGUUUCCGACAAUUUUGUCUACAUUCAUCCAUCAUCUCUUUUAACAAACGUCGGUGAAAUACCUCCAAAAUAUUUGGUAUACCAUUCAUUGCAUCUAGGAGCAAACGGUAAGACGAGAAUGAACUCUUUAUGUGAUAUCAAAAGUACUCCACUAGCAAACGUAGCGGGCAAAGGAUCGCUUUUGUCCUACAGUAAACCACUCACGGGACAAGGUAUGAAGACUAUUGACAUCUCUCCAACUGAGAGAUAUUGUUAUGUGGUGCCCAGAUUUGGUGCCACUGUCGACAGUGAUUUAAAGAUCGGUUGGGAUUUAAACCCCGUUGCAGUGCAUCAAAUUAAGAAAAAUGGACAGUGGAAAGUGGACAAAAUUGUUACAAAUAAGAGCUAUAGCGCAAUGCAAAAGAAGCACAAGUAA